UGGCUAAUUAGAUUGAUGAACAGACGCAAGAGGGAAACACCGUGCAAGGGUCGUGUUACAUACGUUGGAAGUCAUCAUUUUCUGAAGAAUAACUGUCAAGGCUAUAUUAAACCCAGACUUCUACGAGGGUAUAAAUAUCAUCCAGAAACUUAUUUCAACAUCAGACACAUCUUAGUCGCUCUCAGCGGUUCACAUCAAGACGCAGCAUACUCUCCUCACAUCGAUAUGAAGGCCUUUAUUGCUGUUAUCUUCACCAUCUUGGCUAUGGUUAUUGUCUCGGCCCAAGAAGCCAAAAAGGAAAAUCUCCACAGCUCUGAAGCUAUCUACUUUGGCUCUCCCUAUGGUGCCUAUGGCACUUAUGGUGCCUACCCAUACGUCUCUGCUGCCGGUUACCCCGCUGUGGCUCCUGCUUAUCCUCCUGUGGCAAAUGGAUAUUCUGCUGCUUAUCCUUUCUACCGUUAAAAAGCACUUCAGAAGAACUGAGCACCUUUAUGAUGACACUGCUAAGACACUCAAACACAUCAUUAAUCUACUGAUGUUAUGAGAAUUGGUAACAAAUUCUCAACAACUAAUUACUGAUAGAAAUAAACUUACAAUUUAAACUGCUUCUGCACUUCACUGUAUCACUUAUAAUUCUAUAUAAUUAAAUGCUCUAAAUAAUUA